UGCGCAUUGCCCUGUCCAGAAUCCAAUGCAUUUUGGAAGCCAUGACGGUUUCUUUUCUAUUGAUUCUGACAACUUCGGGACCGAAAGGGCGAUUCCUUUUAUUUCUGUUCUCAGGGCCCCGGAGAACAAUCGACUGUGCUUAGGAGCUGGAUAUAUCCAGGGGGUGCAGGAAAGCGAUGAAUAUGCUUUAUAUCCGUUUGAUGCGUCCGAGGAUGAUACGAGUUUAAUUACGGUCAAAGUCAGCACCGUUCGAGCCUUCACAUCAGAUCUCAUAGAGGCCAAUAAAACGGUGUCAAGCAAUCCAGUCGAGACGGGGUGGAAAGCAAAGCUGCUCACCAGUCUUUCAUCCCAAAAGGUUCUGGUGCAACUGACCCCAUCUGUGAACAGACAUUCCCAGUGGGUGACUGCUGCCCGUCGAAGACGCCACUUGCACAUUAUCUCCGAACUGACCGAGGCGCAGCCUUGCCAAUUUAUUGUCAAACGCGAUAAAGAUCGAUACUUUAUUCUUGAUACAUCUGGUCAAUCUAUUGAGAGUCUGCCUCCGACUGAUGCACCAAGAGCAGUCGACUCCGCCAUGAGUCUGUUAGAACAUCUAGCGACUUUCAAGUAUAUCGAAGCAAUCGAGAACCGCACUCCAUCUUCUGAUUUCGAGGAAUCAUUCGAAAUAUGCCUUAAAAGCGAAACUGGGAAGGACUUUGGACCAAUUGGUAUUUUUGAGGUCAACAAUGAAGACACGCUGAGUCUAUCAAUUCAGAACUUCGGCACCAAGGCCUUAUAUGUCUCUAUAUUCGACAUGGGACCAUCAUGGCAGGUUGAUAGCCUUACUUCUGAGGAUGGUGGAGGAGACUAUGUUGUCGUCCCUCCAAAGAACGACACAAAUGGACACGCCGGAACAGCGCUUGUUGAGUGGAUGAUGGUCGUCCCAGAAUGGUUGACCGAAAGAGGCCGAGAGACAUGCGAGGAUGUCAUUAAGGUCUUUGUGACUGAUCGACCAAUUUCAUUUGAGCUGUUAGAGCUGCCCAAAGUCUCAGGUGCUUUCGAGCAGUUGGGUAGGCCCCUUCGUGGCCAUCGCGACCAGCUAUUCGGCCUCUUGUCAAGCCUCAAGUCGACUUCUAGAACUGCCCAACCAAGUCAAUCAGAUGGGCAUUGGUUGGCGAUAAAUUAUAUUAUACGCACGCACGUCUCUAGCAGAAUCGACACCCUUAACUAAGUAUUUCAAAAAGAGAGAUCUCAGAAC